AUGUAUAAAGAUUUGAUUCGAUGCUGCCCUCAACACGGAUUGCCGAAUUGGUUGCAAGUUCAGAUGUUCUACAAUGGGUUAAAUGGGCAAACUCGAACCAUAGUUGAUGUUGCUGCUAGUGGAACUUUGAUGUCAAAGACAGUUGAGGAAUAUGUUGCAGCUACAAGUAUGACAAUUCCGAGUAAUGAAGAGAGUCAAGAACAAGUACAAUACAUCAACAAUUGGAACUACAACUAUUGUGGUAAUCCUAUGCCAAAUUAUUACUAUCCAGGGCUUCAAAAUCAUGAGAAUUUGUCUUAUAGAAAUACAAAGAAUGUGUUGCAACCUCAACCUCCUCCAGGAUUUGAUAGUCAAUCAAGCGAAAAGAAGAUAUCACUUGAGGAUGCCAUGGUUUCCUUUGUUCAGGAGACAAAUGUAAGGUUUAAAAAGACUGAUUCACGGUUGGACAACAUUGAGACUCAUUGUAGCAACAUGGGAGCCACUAUCAAGAAUCUUGAAGUGCAAAUUGGGCAACUAGCCAAGACCAUCAAUUCCCAACAAAGAGGAACUUUUCCUAGCAACAUAGAAAUGAAUCCAAAUGAGCAAUACAAGGCCAUCACACUUAGGAGUGGAAGAGAAAUUGAGAGAUCACCAUCAAAGGAAACCAAUUCCACCCUACAGCUGAAAAUAAUGGCCAAAGCAAAAAUAAAGUUGAAGAAGAGGACGAUACACCAAGAGAGAUUGACAAAUGCUUUGGAACAAAUGCCAAACUAUGUCAAAUUCCUGAAGGAUACCAUUUCCAAGAAGAGAAGGUUGAAGGAGUUUGGAACAAUGAAGCUUUCUGAAGAAUGUAGUACUAUUCUUCAAAAGAAAUUACCUCAAAAGUUAAAAGAUCCAGGGAGUUUCACUUUGCCUUGCACUAUUGGGAAUUCAUUUUUUGAUAAAGUUUUAUGUGAUCUUGGGACUAGCAUUAAUCUUAUGCCACUUUCUGUUUGCAGGAAAUUGGGACUUGGAGAGUUAAAACAAACAACCAUUUCUUUGCAACUAGCAAAUCAAUCUAUCAAGUAUCCACAUAGAAUCAUAGAAGAUGUAUUGGUAAAGGUGGAUAAAUUUAUUUUUCCUGCUGAUUUUGUGGUGUUAGAUAUGGAAGAAGACCAAGAAGUCCCACUAAUUCUUGGCUACGGAAUGGCUUUAAUUGAUGUUCAAAAUGGUGAGUUAACAUUGAGAGUAAACAAGGAAGAGGUUGUGUUCAACAUCUAUCAAGCCAUGAGAUUUCUAGAAGAUCCGAGUAUUUGCUUUUUGGUAGAUGUCAUUAAGAAAUGUGUAGAAGAAGCAUUUGAGGAAGAUGUACCAACUGAUCAUCUCGAACGAUGCAUCACCACUUCAUCUCAUACUUAUGAUUUUAAUAACUCUACUAUUUAUGAAUAUGAUUUACCUUUUGUUAGUGAAGAAUUUCUCCACUAUGUAUUUGCCUUGGGAGCCUUGCAGCAGGUUAGAGCUGCAAGGCUCUGA